AUGUUCCGUCGGUUCCUACCCUUCAUCCUCGUCGGCGCGCUGAGCACCCUCUUCCUCCUCAGCGUCUUCUCCGGCCGCCAGCUCUCAUGGCGCAACAUCCCCCAACUCAUAGGUCUUGGCGAAGGGUAUGGACCGACGGUAGAGCAGAUUGCUAGUGGGGAGAACAUCCUACCGGAUCUGAGGGAGGGGAAGACUCAACCGGACGAAGAAGAAUGGAGGACUUUCAAGGAGCCGAAGAUCGAGAAUAUGUCGCCGUAUCCGCAGGGGAAGACGAAGCCGGCUGGGAGUAAUUAUACCAAGACGUUGGUCGUUCCCAGGUUAAAGAGUGAGCCUGUUGGGUGGAUUGAAAAAGAGCUUGGGGAUUUGAUCGAGAGUAAGCUGCUUAAGACGGCGGUGUAUACGGUGGAUGAUCGAAAGGCGAAGUUGCACCCGCCGAAGAAUAAGGGUCAUGAGGUGAUGGUGUAUCUGAGCUUUAUCAUCGACAACUAUGAGGAUCUGCCGGAUGUCUCUAUCUUCAUGCACGCGCAUCGUUUCGCGUGGCAUAACAAUGAGAUUAUGGAUACAGAUGCGGCGCAGAUGGUGAGGCAUUUGAGUCCUGAGAGAGUGACCAGGGAAGGCUACAUGAAUUUGAGGUGUCACUGGGAUCCUGGCUGUCCGGACCAUAUCCAUCCUGGCGAAACAACACGGAACAGCGACAAGCAAGAAGAGGUAAUCCUGGGCGACUGCUGGAGUGAGCUGUUUCCUUUCGAGCCCAUACCCACAGUCCUAGCGCAGCCAUGUUGUGCGCAAUUCGCCGUGUCUAGGGAGACGAUUCUUAGGAUCCCCAAGAUGAGGUACAUCUUCAUGCGGGACUGGAUUACCCGGACGGAAUUGAGCGACUACCUGAGCGGACGGAUCUUUGAAUACACCUGGCAAUACAUCUUCUCCGCGGCGCCGAUCCAUUGCCCCAGCAUGAGCGCGUGCUAUUGUGACGGCUACGGUUUAUGUUUCGGCACUCCUGAAAACUUCGACAGAUGGUUCGAGACACGAUUUCGUUUGAACGAGUACAAAGAGGACCUUCGAGUGUGGGAGGAGAAGGCAGAUAAGAUCGAGCAGUGGAGGAAAGACACGAAGGACGGGAAAUUCUUGGAAGAGGCGGAGUUGUUCGUGCCUGAGUACGGGAAGGAUGUGAAGUUAAGGAACAAGAUUCGAGAGUUGCAGGCUGACUUGGACAAGAGCAAGAAAGAGGCUUUCGAGAGGGGGAAGGAUCCCGAGCAGAGGGCAAAGGAGAGUGGGAGGGAGUGGAAAGAGGGCGAUGGAUUUUGA